AUGCUAGAUAAUGUAAUGAAAGGAUAUAAAAAUGUACGUCCAUUCAAAUCGAUAUUGCGAUACAUAUAUGUACACAUCUAUCCACCCUACUUCAAACACUUACAUUCACGUCCAGCCACAAAUAUAUCUGUUGUCAUUUUGCGGGAUUUUGGUGAGACUCCAAAUGAAGUCGCUCUUUGCUUUCAUCGAAUUUCAUCUUCCACUUCAACACCGUCGGACUAUUUUCAUCAUUUUAUUUAUUACUUUCUUCCUUUAUUCUCUUUUCUUUGGCUUUUAAACCAUCUAUUUUCCAAACUUUCACCCGUUUGUUUCUUUAUUUCUCUUGUCUUUUUUCUUUCUUUCUUUCUUUCUUUCUUUCUUUCUUUCUUUCUUUCUUUCUCUUUAUUUUAUUACGCUUCGCCUUUCUUAUUAAUACACUUCUGUUCUUUUUUGUUUUUAAUUAAUCCUUUUCUUUUAUUAUUUUUCUUUCAUUUCCUCCCACAAAGGCUUUGUUUGUUUCUUUGUUUCUUUGUUUCUAUCUUUCUUUGA